AUGGAUCUCAUGUCAACUCAAACCGAGCCAUUAAGCAGCACUGUUUGGAAAUCCAAUUCCGAGCUGAUUGAUGGCCUUUUUGUUCCUCCAAAUGCUCCCAAAAAUUUGAACAAGUUACUGAGAAAGCAGUUCAACAUGCUGGCUCAAACCAUCACCCCUGAGUUGCAGAAAGAUCUCAAGUUAUUGAAGAUGGAAACAGUUGUAGAUUCUCCAUUGGACUUCUUCUCAGGAAGAUUAACAAAGGAGAGGAAAUCAUCACUUGCAGAUGAACUGCUUUCUGGUCAAAACCUUGCAGCCUAUUGGUAUUCUCCACGAGAGUCAAUCUUGUUCGAGUCGGGAACAUCCAUAUCAUGGUGGGGCUAA